AUGGCAACGGCAGAGUGCACCUGCGACUGCGAGCUGUCCGGGAUCGAUCUCGCACAGACACCGAUGCUCGGGCUGGUGCGCCGCGCCGCCGGCGGCGUGGCCAGGGUGGCGGCCGAGAGGCGCCCCGCGCCCGCGCUGAGCGCCCUCGGGGCCCUGCCGUGCAGGCGGGACGCCCAGCGCGGCUACCGCCAUUGGUGGCGCGUGCUGCCCGAGGAUGACUUCGAGCUGAACACCGAGUCCAUGCCCAAGGACGUGAAGAGUCUGAUGUCGAGCAACCCGUACGAGCUCGGCUUCGUCGACAAUUACUGGUAUUGGCGUAUCCGCGCCGAGAGCACCAUCAUGGACCCAGAGAACCUCCCAAAGAAGAGCUACAAGCAGCUUUGCCGCGACAUGGGCCUGACCGUGGUCAACAGCAAGGCGAGCACCGUGCUGGGCAUCAUCGAGCUGUACGAGUACCUGAAGUCCUCGCCCUUCAUCGGCCCCUUUGGCACCAUCGAGAACCCGGUGCUGGUCCCCGCGAUCCACACCGAGCGGGUCGUUGGCUGCAGUGGCGGCACGGGCGACGCGGAGCACGUGCCGCUGUGGUUCCGUUGCCGCGAGGGCUUCCUGUACCGCUGCGGCGAGUGCGACCAGAUCUUCAUGCUCGUCCGUGUCAUGUACGAGAUAUCCCCCGAGGAUCUCGACGGCGGCCAGAUCCCCGACCCCGACGUGAACGACGUGUUCGACUUCGGCCUCCUGGAGAAGGGCAGCGAGGUUUGGAACUCUGGCGGCAUGAUCAUGUGGCCCGUCGGCUACGACGCCCUCCACGGCACCGUCUACGGCGGAGCGCCGCGCGACGAGCUGAACGAGCAGCGCGCCAUCGGCGAGUGA